AUGAUUCGUUAUUCCUCCCUGUUGACCAGGAGAACUACCAAUGCUAUCAGAGUGUCUCAACGUUAUUACUCCCAAUCUUUUGAUGAUCCUGAUUUAUUUAGGACCAGGGCCCUAAUCAAUGGCAAAUGGAUCAAGAAGCCUGAUUCAUUCCCAGUGAGGAAUCCUUCUACACAGGAAAUUGUCGCAAAGGUAUCAGAUUGCCAAUUGAGUGACUACGAGGAUGCUAUUGUUGGGGCUAAGGCUGCCUUUGAUGAAUUCCGCCAUACUUCUCCGCAAGAAAGAUCUGAUAUGCUGGAAAAUUUGGGUAAUUUGCUUAUUGAAAAUAAACAGGAUUUAGCAAGAUUAAUCACUCUGGAAAAUGGUAAACCCUUUGCAGAUGCAUUGGGUGAAGUGCUUUACAGCGCUAGUUAUUUCAGGUGGUUCUCACAAGAAGCUGUACGCAUGUAUGGUACAGUUAUACCUGGUCCAAGCGGUAAUAAGCAGAUGUUUUCAAUUAGACAACCAUUGGGUGUAGUGGGGAUUAUGACCCCUUGGAAUUUCCCUAGUGCCAUGUUAGCCAGGAAAGUAGCACCAGCACUGGCAACCGGUAAUACUUGUGUAGUUAAACCUGCAUCAGAGACUCCUUUGAGUGCUUUAGUAAUUGGUUGGCUCUGUCAGCAAGCUGGAUUCCCGCCAAGUACUUGCAGCAUUUUACCAACUUCCAAGACCCCAGAAGUGGGUAAGUUAUUAUGUGGACACGAUUUGGUGAAGAAGGUCACAUUUACUGGCUCCACUAGAGUCGGUAGACUGUUAAUGGCCCAAUGUGCUCAGGACAGUAAAAUUAUCAAGAAGGUCUCGAUGGAACUCGGCGGUAACGCACCUUUUAUUAUCUUUAACGAUGCAGAUCUGGACAAGGCUCUCAAUGGUAUCAUCGGAUGUAAAUUCAGACAAUCAGGACAAACCUGUGUUUGUGCCAAUAGAAUAUUUGUGCACAAGGAUGUUUAUGACGAAUUUGCAACUCGUUUGGUAAAGAGAAUGAUCAGCACUUUCAACUUGGGUGAUGGAUUCAACGAAAAAGUGACUCAUGGACCAUUGAUCAGUGCUGCUGCUGUAGAGAAAGUAUCCCAACUUGUUGAAGAUGCCAAGCAAAAGGGUGCUGAAGUUUUAGCUGGCGGUAAGAAGGCGGAAGCCUUGGGUCCAUACUUCUAUCGCCCAACUGUUUUAAGCGGUGUCAAUGAAUCAAUGGAUAUCUUUCAUACAGAGGUGUUUGGCCCCGUUGCAUCUUUGGUCAAGUUUGAAGACACUGAAGAAGUAAUUAGAAUGGCUAACAACACCGAUGUUGGCCUAGCUGGGUACUUUUACACUCAAGAUAUUAACAGGGCCCAAGAAAUUGCGCUAAGGAUGGAGACCGGUAUGGUUGGUAUCAACACUGGUGCCAUUAGUGAUGCUGCUCUGCCUUUUGGUGGUAUUAAGAAUUCAGGAUUAGGUAGAGAAGGUUCUUUACACGGUCUUGAAGAUUACACCGAAUUAAAAUCCAUUGUAUUGCAAGCAUGA